AAUAGGGCGACCACAAUACUACAAACAGCUGUCAGCAAUCAGAUUAAGACUGCAGAAAUUUAUUAUUUUCAAAAACAUAUAUGAUUGACGUUUAACCUUGUCUGGCACUCCCACAUGUAACUGUAAACAUGUCUGCCACUCAUGUCACGUCAUUGUGUGAGUGUUGCAGGUGGCUGACUGGUCGGGUUACAAGAUGUCCAUCCAUGACAUGUGAACAUUCCCAUGGAUUACAUGGAAUUCUUGUGACAUAUGGACACAUGGGCCACUUUUCAGCAGAUCCGCCUGCAGGACGUUUUUGGGGUUUCUGGAUAUGACACCUCCAGGUUGUGAGCCAUCGUCAGUGGCUAAGAGGCUUAUUUGGCCCCCACCAAGAAGAGGAAGAGGGGGCAGGAAGGGAUGGAAGGAAUCCCUGAUGCUGGCCUCCUCAGGAGAUCACAGCACUCUGAGCUCCUCUCCAGGAAAUCAAAGAUGCAGAUCCCAGACGGAGGCCGAAGUCCUUUAUCAUCUCCAGCCUGAAGACCCUUGGGGAGCUCCCAACCCACUGCCUGACCAAGAUUUAUUACGCGUGAGUGAUAACACACACACAUACACACAUUUAUAUAGAAACAUACACACAUGUGCAUGUACAGACCACACAGUGUGCACACGUGUCCUGGAACAUACAACACACACAGAGAGAUAACACAUAAACAUGCACACUUCAAAAGCAGCGUCUGAGUGGGAUCUCCGCUGCCCUCUCCUCCCUUCCUCUUGACCCUUGAUCCCAGUCUCGUCAUACCGCUGUCUCGCCGCGUCUCGCUUUCAGCGCCCGUCUGGCUCUCGUCGUCCUCACGUCGCAGGGAGACUGUGUUGUCCUACUUUAUUGGGGUGCAGUAAAGGCAACUUUGGGUCUCCAGUGAAUUGCUUUCUUAAAAGUGUUAUUUAAUUGCGGGGAAAAAGAAUUUAAAAAAAAAUUAAAAUAAAGAAUCGCGUUUUUAAAAUAGAAAAAACUGCAAAAAACUGAAAAAACUAUAUUUUCAAGAAAAGGUUUUUGAAUAAAAAAAAAAAAAAAUACAUUAAAUAAAGAAUGAAAACAGUUAAAAAGAUACAAAAAAACAGCAAAAAGGGAUUAAAAAGUAUUAUUAUUACGGUAGUUUAUUAUGUCAUUUAAUAAGCUCUGCUCUGCUGUUCUUCCUACUCCUUUUCAGACACGUACUUUAAUGUAACUUUGUUGAGCGUGUUCAAAAUGAAACUAAACCAUUAUUUACAAUGCUCCAUCAUUAGAUGCCAUUAAAACGGAUAGCUUGGCUAUUUAAGAUUAUAAUACAUAUAUUUUUUUAAGUAAUAAAAACGCUUAAAAAAAACAGCUACGCAAUACAUUAAGUAAAGAAUGCUAUUUUAAUUUUUGUAAUUAAAAAACUGCAAAAAAAAAAAUUAAAUAAAGAAUGCUAUUUUCAUAAAAUUUAGAAAAUACAAAAAACAGCCCAAAAAAAGUCAAAAAUUGAUUAUUAUUAUUAUUAUUAUUAUAAUUAUUAUUUAAUGAAAUAAAUCCUGCUUCUUCCUGCUCCAUUUUGGCUAAUUGAACGGUGCACGUGGGAAACGUGAUGUACUUCAAUGUAACUUUUGUAAUCAACUAAACCAUCAUUUGCAACCGUCGCUCAUUGGAGACCAUUAAAACACAGACGGAGAGCUUGUUUAUUUAAAAUUAUACUUUAUUUCAUAUAAAAACAUGACAAUAAACAAAUAAAUUAGAUAUUUCUAGAAUAACUUUUCUCAUAGGGCGGGGGGAAACAUUGUAGAAGGUGGUCAUUGUUUACAAAAAUGGAAUGAGUGGAGCAUGAAAAUGUUAAGAGCUUCAUUCCAAACAACACACAAAGUAAAAUAACUUCAUUGACGCCUUCAAAAUGUGGUCCAGAGUAUAAAUACAUACGAAAAUACAACUCUUAGCUUUCUUUCUUUCUUUCUUUUGCUUGCAUUUGAGAUUUUCAUCUCCCUGGGGGGCUUCUCUACAGCUGCUCUUGGUGGCAAAUGUUGAAUUAAGACUUUUUCAUUUCAAAGAUGGCGUCCGGGGAUCAAGAUAGGGAGGGGGGUGGCUGCGUGUUAUUAACAUAAUAAGAGCCUCUUCAUUUACACACAAGCGCCAAUAGGCCCACGGACACACCCUUUUUUCUUUUUUAAAAAAAAGGCCCUCAUUGUCCGGCCCGGCAGCGGACCUGGGGGACCCCUCGGCAGCACUUCGGGGAUGGGUGAAGGGUUACCGCCUCACAAAGGAGACAACCCAGCGCCCUCCCCUCCCCGCUCCUCUAUCUCCAUUCCCUCACGUCUCCUCUAUUUGAAAUCAAUCACACUGGCUUUCACAUUCAGCGCCCACCCCCGACCACAUAACCACCCCCCACCACCACUUUGCCCUCAGCAGUGACAGUGGGCUUGGGCUCCCCACAAGUCCCUAAACCGAGACUCCCUGACCAGGACCUUGUUGUUGUGGUCAUGUAGACCCACUACUGACAUAUAAAUGUAAAAAUAAGGGGGACAAAAAUGCAGAUUUGCGGUUCCAUCUGUUUUCAAUGCCGCUUAAUCCUCAUUAGGGUCGCAGGGGUACGCUGGAGCCUAUCCCAGCUGACUUUCCCAGUCAAUCGCAGGGCACAGAUUUGUGGUUUUGGUACAAAAUGUUAACGUUUUCUAUUUUUGCAGCGUACAAAAUAAUUUAUAAAAGGCAAAUGUAUUUUUGUUGAUGAUAUAUACAUACAAUAGUUGUAUUAUUUUCAUAUAUUCACAGGAAAUCACAAAUUCAGGCACUUUGCUGCCGCUAUGACAGAAACUUCUGAGAUCCUGAGAUUUAAGCCUUUUUUUGUUUUAAAUAAGCAACACAAAAGUAAAAUAAUCUUAUAAUAUAGAGAGAUUUAUAAUUAACAACUUUUCUUCUUCUUUUUUUUCAAACAUAGCAAAAUAAAAUCGAUUUUUUUUCUGUUGUUAAAAUGUCUUUCAUGAAAAAGACCAGGGUUGGCUUCGGGUUGCCAAAACCGUCCCAGCUGUUUUCUUUUUUUAAGAUGUCCAAAGUUGACUCCGGAACGUCCUUGGUCUUCAUCCUCAGUGCUCCAUACAUUCGUGAUUAUGCUUGGGGACGUCCUCUUGUGUCUAAGGGCUUUGUCUCGUGCCACCGUGACGGUCGAACGGAAACUUUUUUUUUAGGAGGAUAAAAACAUUUUAAGCAACAUGUGGUCCAUCUAUCGGAGUGCCGUCUUCAUGUCGAUGCGGGAGCGCACAUCCUGGUAGCCCAGCAGGCAGGGCUCGGAGGACAGGGCGUCGUGGGUGAAAACCGAGUCGUUGUCCGAGGAACAGGAGCUGGACGUGUCCUCGCAUGACGGCGAGUACUGCUCGAAGGGCGUGGACAGGUCCAAGUACUGCAAGGCACACAAACGGGAGACGUGUAAACAGCAAAAAAAGAUGUAUGGCCUAAUUGUCCAGCUGUGAGUUUCGCUAAGGAAUAUUCUGGUCAUGCACGUGUUGGGAGAAUGGCGUUUUUUUAGAACCACAUCUGCUAAGGACCAGCUCAUUUGUGGACUCGUGAAGCCGAAGACAUCUGUCCUUAAUCUACAUGUCAAUCAUGUGUAACAUUCCUUCACUGUGGAUGCAAACAUUUUGUUUUUUGAGGAUUUUGCACUGAAUUUCACAUCCAGCUUGAUGACAUCUGGCCUGCACCUUGUGGUAAAAAACAAAAACAUGCAUGUUCACAUGUGUUAGCAUAUGUGCUAACAGUACAGUAUGUGUUGAAACUUACGUAAUGUUUAUCUCCUCAGCUCCUCACUAUUUUGUGUGAUAACACUAGCCAACAGAUAUGCUAUGUAAUAAGUUGUACCUUAUCUUUCUUUAGCUUAACUUAGCUCAGGUGUUGUUGUGUACCUCGUUACUUCCUGUUUUCAUACUAUAGUAGAGUAAUAGAAUAUGUUAGCUUAACUUAGCUCAGGUGUUGUUGUGUACCUCGUUACUUCCUGUUUUCAUGCUGUAGUAGAGUAAUAGAAUAUGUUAGCUCUGCAUAGUUAGCCUAGCAAUACUGGUGCUCACCCCCUUACUGCCAUGUGUGCAUGCUAGCAAGCAGAUAAAACCAUGUACUGCAAUGUCUCUUAUGUAAUUUCAGCAUAACUAGACUAAUGUUCUUAUCCGUCUUAUGAGUGAACAGCGACAUUGUAUAAUAAAUCUUAGCUGAGCUUAGGUCUGCUGAAGUUGUGCCAACCUCAUGUUUUCAUGCCAGUGAGCAGAUAGCAUAUGUUAGCUUUGCUUUGCUGGUAAUAAUGUCUUUCCUCCAUGUGUGCAUGCUAGCGAGCAGAUAUAAGAAUGUAAUGAUUACUUUCUUAUUUUUUUGUAAAUUUUGCUAAUGAUCCCAUUUACACAUGUGCAUGUUAGCAAGCAGACUAUAGCUAAUAAAGCAUAGCUUUGUUUAGCUUAACUGAUGUGCUUGUGCUUACCUUCUUUGUCCGUUUGUGUAUGCGAAGCCAGGAGGAUUUUUAUUGUUUUUAUUUUAGCGCUGAGCUAAUUUGCUGAUCCAUGUGGGCAUAGCGAACAAACACUGUACAAUAAAUCUUAGCAUAGCUUAGCAGUUAGCAUGUAGAGCUUACCUCAUCGGAGAUGGACAACAGCACUUUGUCCAGUUCCUCCACCAGCUGUUUGAAGGUGGGCCUCUGAGUGGGAACGGCAUGCCAGCACUCGCGCAUCAUCAUGUAGCUUCACAGGCAAAGCAACAACCAAUAAUGUUAGACACAAUCCACAAAUGAGAGACAGCUAUUUCCUUGCGCUUGCGCUUACAGUUCAUGCGUGCAGUUGGAGGGUUUGUCCAUGCGGUGUCCUUCCUUUAGCAGCUUGAAGAGCUCCUCGACUGGGAUGCCAGGGUAUGGGGACCCUCCCAGCGUGAAGAUCUCCCACAUGAGCACACCAAACGACCACCUGAAGGGAAUGAGCCAUGAUAUCUGCCAAAGACGAAAAUGUUGAUGGCAACCAUAGAGGAAAACAAAGAAACUGUCACCAAAAGGGAGGAACGAUGCCAGCAUGAGUGGGCCCAAUGCAGGCCCAAGCCAGACAUCCAGCUGCCCUUUGACCCCUGCCCGUGACCUCUCCCCCUACUCCCACAACAAUAACACCCGCCCAACCAUGUCCGCCACCUCCUCCCUGCAGCGCGUCUACGGGUUUGCGCAAGGGGACCCGUCGCCCCCCUCCUCCACUUACAGCCCCCUCAGGAGACUGCAGCAUCUCACCACCAUGGUCAGCCAGCCUGACCUGGUCCUGCCGGCCCAGUCGGCUAAGAGCUGGGAGUGGGCAUCCAAUCAGAAGGCACCGGAGCGGGACUCCUGGGCCAGUUGCAGGGAUUAUUAUGGUGCCUCCUUCACAAGGAGAGAGGAGAAACAACCCGAGGUCCAAAGCAGUGGGACUAAAGAUGCACCGUUAGCUAGCUGUAGCAGUCCUAGCACGUCAGAGAGGAAAACGGAGGGUUGUUUGUCGUGUCCGCCGAGUCCAGCCUUCUCUCUGGAUAGCAACAGCCCGUUUGCAAAUGGUCUUCUUCACUUUGAGUCCUCCUUGUUCGAGGAUGAUGACAACAACGAUGAAGAGCAGCAGGAGACUUUCCCAACCGUCUCGGACUCGUGCAAUAAGCACAAGACAACAGGAACUGAGAUCCAAUCCAUGCCUGCGGACUCCAAGGAUCUAAAUGUUUCAUCAGCAAAGGUCAUCACUCGAUCCCAGUCGUCAGGCCUGCGACGAAGGUACUGGGAUGGUUCCGAGGACGAGUGGGAGAGCGACACUGAGCUCUUCCUGUUUGGAGAUAGCUCCUCCAGGCAUUUGACGCAGAGUGAUCUGAAAAGGAGUUCUGUGCCGCCCGUGAAGUUUUUAGAGGGCGAGCUCAUUUGGGCAAAGUUCAACCGACGACCUUGGUGGCCCUGCGAGGUCAUCGUUGACCCUGCGCUGGGAGUCUAUCACAGGGUCAAAGAGCCCAGCGAUCGUCCCUGUCGACUUUACCAUGUCAGGACUUUUGGGGAGCCGGAGGAGCAAGCCUGGGUGGAGGAUAGAUCAACUCAUAUUUUCCAUGGAGGCUUUCAGUUCGAACAGCUCGCUCAACUGCAUCGGAAGGGGAAACAAAGGGCGCACAACCAAAAAUACACUAUUGCUAAACGUUUGGAGGCAUCUUGGCAAUCCAGUGUGGAUGAAGCUGAAAUUAUUCUCCAGCAGAGACCCAACAUAGUCUCUUUGUCAAUAGACGAUACCUUCCAGGACAAUUCCCCGGCAGUAAAAAAGGCCUGUCCUCACAUUUCUCCUUCCACGCUGCCUGUGUCCAAUCUUCCCGAGAAAUCGCACAUCAAUGGAUCAAUAUCUUCUCAGAUGAUAUCAUCCCCAAUAGAAACACAAACUAAGCAUGGCACUUUAAAGAAAUCUUCUGGUAAGAGAAAAGACGGUGAUUUAUCAAAGAAGCCUAAAAAGAUCCCACAUAAUAACCCAUCACAUGUGGAGUGCCCUUAUUCAGAUCUUGACUCGGUCCCUAAAAUUUUGUGUCCUAAAGCACUUGAACGUCAGUCUAAGUUGACUCAAUUGCCGACUAAUGUCGCCAAAGACGAAAAGAAACCGCCAGAGAUGCAAAGUGGUCUGUGGUUCAGCAAAUCAGGCAAAGACAGGCGACCUAAAACUGUUGGUCCAGUGCCAGAUCGUACCCUUUUCACCAAGGUGCUCAGUAAGAAAAAGACCUCUGUUAGUAGUAAAAAGAUUGCGGCCCCUGGUGGUCCUGCCUCCAGUGGUGCGCCAGGUGGCCAGUCUGAGGCUGUACUUGUUGAAACAAAGCUUAUACCUGAGAAGGUGGAAGAUAUGAACUCUAAAAACAUCACUGUAGUUAGUACACCUUUUGGAAGCCCUGCUGAACUGGUGUCACAAAAGCAGCAGAAGCCAGUGGAUUCUUCUGACCCCCACGGAUUGUCACAAAAGCAGGAGUCCAUGGAUUCUUCUGGACUUCCAGGAUUUUCACAAAAGCAGGAGUCCAUGGAUUCUUUGGUCCCUCAUGGAUUGUCAAAGAAGCAACAGUCUGUGUCGUCUUAUGGAACUCAAAGUUUCUCACAGAAGCAGGAGUCUGACACUUUGGACUCUUGUGGCUUAUCUCAAAAGGAGGAGAACAUGGGUUCUUCAAAACCUCAAAGAGUAUUACAGAAGCAAGAGUUGGUGGAAUCAUCUGAACCUCAAGGAUUAUCUCAAAAGCAGGAGUCUGUGGCUUUUGCAAGAUCUGAAGGACUGUUACAGAAGUCAGUAUCUUCUUCUAGAUUUCAACAAUUGUCACAGAAGGGGUCAGUAGAUUAUUCUGGAUCUCGAAGACUCCCACAGAAGCAGCAGUCUGUGACUUCUUCUGGAACUCUAGGAUUCUUGCAAAAGCAAGAAUUUGUGGCUACUUCUGAAUCUCAAGGACUGUCAUCAGAGCAGAAGUCCAUGUCUUAUUGUGGAUCACGAUGUUUGUCACAGAAACUGGAGUCAGUGGAUUCUUCCAGACCCCAAAGAUUGCCACAGCAGGAGUCCAUAGAUUAUUCUCAACCUCAACGAUUGUCAAAGAAACAAGUGUCCGUGGAUUCUUUUGGACCUCAAGGAUUCUCACAGAAGCAGGAAUCUGUGGAUUCUUCUGAGCCUCAAGGACUGUCAAAGAAACAGGGGUCUAUGGAUUCUUUGGACCCCCGAGGAUUAUUGCAAAAGCAGGUAUCUGUGGCUGCUUUGACACCUCGAGGUUUGUCACAGAAACAGAAGACCAUAACUUCUUCUGAUCCUCAAGGAUUGUUUAAAAAGCAGGAGUCAGUGGCUUCUUCAAAACCACAAGUAUUGUCACAGAAACAAGAGUCUAACUGCGGAGGAUUGUCAAAUAAGCAGGAGUUCAUGCCUCAAGGGUUGUCACAAAAGCAAGAGUCUGUGACUUCUUCUGGGCCUCAAGGAUUGUCAAACAAGCAGGAGUCGGUGGCUUCUUUAAAACCUCAAGGACUGUCACACAAGCAGGAGUUUGCAACUUGUUCUGUAUCUCAAGGACUGUCACAGAAGCUGGAAUCUGUGGAUUAUCACAGACCAUCUGAGAAGGGUGACUAUUUAAGGGGUAGGCAAGUAAUUCCCAAUUCUACAGACUCAGUUAGUGUCAAGCAGUCUAAUCCAACAAGUAGUCCACAUGUUAAAAACACUAGCAAGAAUACCAGUCACAAGAAUGUCAAUCAAAUUGACCACUGUAAAGUAAGGGAGGUUAAAAAGGUUGCUGUACCGAGUUCUAAGCAGCGACAAGAAAAGGGAAGUAGUGCCAAGACCAAGUCCACAUUAAAUGUUGAAUCAGCAGCUCUGCAGGCAAAAAUGGACCUCCAAAAAUCUCUGAUUUCCCAGUGUAAGAUGCCCUUUGUCAAAUUGAUACGCAAAGAGAUAGACAUCAAGAGAAUCCUAAAUGCCAAGGUAACCAUUGGUCCCAAUGACCAAAUUGGAUGUGUAAAAGGUAAGGAAACCUCAAAUGAGACUGUUGACCUGUCCACUGAUUCAGACUUAUUGGACAAAGGGGAAAGUGUCAAAAAUAAAGUAGACAAAAAUGCUGACAAUGUUGACAGUUCACAAACAAAAACUGUGUCAAUGAAAGACUCAGAAGAAAAGAGGGAGAUUGGUACCUCAGCCCAAACAAUUUCUUCCGAACCUUCACAAAAGCCACAUCAACAAGAUACUUCUGUCUUAAUUGUGGCCCAAAACACAACCCCUCUAUCCUCUCAGUUAGAUGGAUCUUCUGUUUCUGUCGGUAAACAAGUGCCCCAAGACCCAUCCCCUGAGACAACUACCUUUAAAUCGAAGCCUCUUGUCCCAGAAAAGUUGCCUGAAGUUCUACCACAAGAUCUACCUGCUCACCUUCCAGCCAGCAAUCGGCUGAUGACGCGAGCUCUGAAGACCAUGAAGGUGCUGCAAAAGCAGAAACAGAGAAAAGCCAGAAGGACGGCUGGGCAGAAAAAACUCUUACAUCGUAUCAAAAAUGUGGUAGACCCCUCUAAGAACACUUUUAAUCCAGAAAACAUUUCGGACCUUUGCACCACCAAAACAAAGUCCAAGUCUGAUUGUGAGGCCAAUGAUGAGGACACUGUUUCUAGUUGUUAUACGCCGCCUUUGGUGUUCCAGGAUUCUGUUGGAGUCAAGAGUGAAGAGGAGGACCAUUCUCUGUCUUCAGCGUCUCCAAUGGACUUCAUACCCCUCACUUCCAGCGUGAAGGCAAAAGAGGUGGACCAGACCUCUCUAUCUUCGCCUCCCUCACCCUUUUCUUUUAUGAAUGCCUUCAAAAAUGUGAAAGAGGUGUCCUUCCAGUCUUUGACAGAUAAGGCUAAUGGCAAGCCCCUCUCUUUCAAGCCAGACAUGAACUAUAAAUUCAGCACUUUUCUUAUGAUGCUCAAAGAUGUGCAUGAUACGCGGGAGCGAGAUGGGGCCCCUUUAGAACUGGAGAUUGGGCCACCGAGUGCGCAUGUCAAGGAGGAGCCCUUGGUGAUGCCUGGUAUGGCUGCAGUCAUAGACCUAGAUCGAGACGUGAAUGGCGAGCCAAGUUUUAGCCAGGACAAACACACAUAUUUGGAUACAAGUCAAAAUCAUGUCUCCAAAGGGCCUUACAACAGAACUAGCAGUUCCUCUUGGAUGAAGAAGAAAGCUAACCGCAAAGUGCCUUGUCGCCCUGAGAGGUCUGGACCGGGCUACCCGGGAGUUGGAGACUUGCUAAGAAUGGACUUUUCCUCUGUACUGGAUUACUCUGCCAAGGUCCAGUCUCUGCUGGGAGUGCAGGCCUGCCAGUGGGAAGGGCAGGCUGGGAGUGAUGAAGGAAUGUUGAGGUGGAAUAGAGACUUCGGAGAGAUGAAUGGCUUCGUUUCCAACUGUACAGAAGCCAAAUCUAGCCUGAACUGCAACACUGGAGAAGGCGACGAUGCUUCAUCAGCACAUAAACGAAUUAGAAAACCCAGCAAGAGGCUCCUAGAAUGGACCGAAGAAUACGACCAGAUAUUCUCAAGGAAGAAACACAAAAAGCCCCUACCAUCAGUUACAAUGACCAACCAAGCACUUUCACUCACAUCCAAAACGUCAGCACUGGACAAGAACGCACUUGAUCCCGCUUCCUUAAAUGCACUUCCUGAGAUACAGACGCCACCUCCAGAGGAAAUCACCCUCACCACGGAGCUGCAAAUUCCCAGGGCCGAAAACUCGUCCCCGCGGGAAGCACAGGUGCUUUCCAUCGACACGUUAACUCCACCACCUGAGGCCGAAGCUGAACCAUUGCCGUCUGCAGGCCCAGGCCCCGCCAAACAUUACACACACGGUGCUUUGCUACAGAAGAAGCGCAAGAGGAAACCCACGCCGAAGAUUCUGGAAUAUUCCCUUGAAGCCGAAGCAUCAGUAGGCCUUAAGAAGAAGGUGCUGUAUGAUUUGAGUGUGAAAACGGUGAAGAACAGUUCCAGUCCUGCUCAUCCAGAUCCUGAUCCAACACCUUUGAAACCAAAAAGUAGGCAACCGUCCCCGCCUACAAGCCCGGAAGUCUCCAAUUUUUCGCCCACACAUUCCACUUUGACACCAACCAGCACUCCACUGGCACCGACACCACCUGAACCCAAGGCGGAACCUACAGUGGCAGACAUUGAUGCUACUCAACUAGAAGACACUAAAUACACAACAGAGUCAGAGGGUGAAGCUUCCAUGUUAGAUCAGAGCUUCUCUUCCACUAAAGACGACUUGUCGCUCUGUGAUGAUCCACUCGCACCUUCCAGGAAGAUUAUCGGGGACAGAGGGGGCCCCGCUUCCAUGAAGGAGAAUGUGUGUCAGGUGUGUGAGAAGACCGGGGAGCUGCUGCUAUGUGAGGGUCAGUGUUGUGGAGCCUUUCACCUUGCCUGCAUUUCUCUGGCCGAGGCCCCGAAAGGGAAGUUUGUGUGUCCGGAGUGCAAAACAGGUAUCCACACCUGCUUUGUGUGCAAGAAGCGCAGUGAGGACGUGCGACGCUGCAUGAUCCCCACCUGCGGCAAGUUCUACCACGGUGAGUGCAUCGCCACCUACGCCCCAACUGUGCCCGUCAACCGAGGCUUCCGCUGCUCCAUCCACGCUUGCCUCACCUGCUUCAUCGCCAAUCCCACCAGUCCCUCCAGCUCUAAAGGACGUCUCGUGCGUUGCGUGCGCUGCCCGAUCGCAUACCACGCCAGUGACCUCUGCAUGGCGGCCGGCUGCGUGGUGCUCUCGAGCAACAGCAUCAUCUGUCCCAACCACUUCACACCGCGACGGGGCGUCAAGAACCACGAGCACGUCAAUGUCAGCUGGUGUUUUGUUUGCACUGAAGGGGGAAGUCUGUUGUGCUGCGAGUCCUGCCCCGCCGCCUUCCACCGGGAGUGUCUGAACAUUGAGAUGCCCAAAGGUAGCUGGUACUGCAACGACUGCAAGGCUGGGAAGAAACCUCACUACAAGGACAUCCUGUGGGUCAAGGUCGGACGCUACAGGUGGUGGCCUGCCGAGGUCAGCCAUCCCAAAACCAUCCCAGAGAACAUCCAGCGUAUGCGACACGACGUGGGCGAGUUCCCCGUUCACUUCUUUGGCUCCAACGACUACCUGUGGACCUACCAGGCCCGCGUCUUUCCUUAUAUGGACGUGGACGCCAACAGCAAGGAGAAGAUGGGCAAAGGUGUCGACGCCACAUAUAGGAAAGCUCUGGAGGAGGCGGCAGUGCGUUUUCGUGAGCUACAGGCUGAGAAGGAGCUUCGCCAGCUUCAGGAGGACAGAAAGAAUGAUAGGAAGCCUCCACCAUACAAGCACAUCAAGGUGAAUCGGCCAAUAGGGAAAGUUCAGAUCAUCACUGCUGACCUAUCAGAGAUCCCGCGCUGCAACUGCAAGGCCACGGACGAGAGCCCAUGCGGGAUGGACUCGGAGUGCAUCAACCGCAUGCUCCUUUACGAAUGUCACCCACAGGUGUGCCCAGCAGGCGAGCGCUGCCUCAACCAGGCGUUCAGCAGGCGUCAGUACAGCCAGGUGGAGAUCUUCAGGACGCUGUCUCGAGGCUGGGGUCUACGCUGUGUCCACGACAUCAAGAAGGGUCAGUUUGUUAGCGAGUACGUUGGGGAGGUGAUCGACGAGGAGGAGUGCAGGUCGAGGAUCAGGCACGCACAGGAGCACGACAUCUGUAACUUCUACAUGCUAACUCUGGAUAAGGAUCGUAUCAUCGAUGCUGGGCCGAAGGGCAACGAGGCUCGCUUCAUGAACCACUGCUGCCAACCCAACUGCGAGACCCAGAAGUGGACGGUGAGCGGAGACACACGAGUGGGACUUUUCGCCCUCGUCGACGUCCCUGCCGGCACUGAACUCACUUUUAACUACAACCUGGAGUGUUUGGGGAACGGCAAGACUGUCUGUAAAUGUGGAGCGUCCAAUUGCAGCGGCUUCCUCGGCGUCAGGCCAAAGAACAACCCGCCUUCAGAUGACAAAGGACGCAAGCUGAAAAGGCGUGGCCACGGCAAGCGGAAGAAGAAGGUGGUGGUGACCAAAGAGCGAGAGGACGAGUGCUUCAGCUGCGGAGACGGAGGACAGAUGGUGUCCUGUAAGAAACCCGGCUGUCCCAAGGUCUACCACGCCGAUUGCCUCAACCUCACCAGGAGGCCUGCGGGACGCUGGGAGUGUCCGUGGCACCAGUGCGACGUUUGCGGCAAGGAGGCGGCGUCCUUCUGCGAGAUGUGCCCCAGCUCGUACUGCGGGCAGCAUCGCGAGGGCCUGCUCUUCAUCUCCAAGCUGGACGGCAAGCUGUCUUGCAGCGAGCACGACCCCUGUGGACCAGACCCCCUGGAACCGGGGGAGAUCCGCGAGUACAACCCCCAGUCCAAGGGCCUGACGUCGGGCUUGGGAAUGGCAGUCAUCACCCCCUCUGCUCCGGGGGUCUCAGCGGGUGCGAGCUCCACCCCCAGCAGGGUUCAGGAUGACAGUGCCGCCCCUGGAGGCUGCGUUUCCGAGUCAUUUCCUGCCUUUUCCAUCCCGGUACCCAUCACCAUUCCUGUGUCCACGCCUACCACCUCACCUCCAUCCGGCAGCAUGUUUGACCUCCCACAGUACUCGCCCAUCUCCUCCUAUGAGGAGGACAGGGACGUCCUGGAGGAGGAAGAGGAAGAGGAGGAGGAGGGGCAAUUGGAGGAAGAUGAUGAUGAAGAAGAAGAAGAGGAGGAAGAGGAUGGAGAAACAGGAAGGCAGGAUGAGGUGGAAGAGGAGGAGGAUGCAGCUUUGGAAUACCUUGAGAUCAGAGACGAUGAGGAUGAGGAGGACUGAGGCUGAAGACCUUUGAAAGUGUCUUCUAGCAGGUGUGCGUUGACCACAAUGCAAUCGCAGCUUCUGCUCUUCUGGUUCCUUUACAGACUUCUACGCCACCUUUGACCCCUUCAAGUGUAAAAUAAUUUCAUCCGCAUGGUCUUUCCUCAUUCCAAUUGUCAAACAUGCUCACAACAUUAGGUACACCUCAUGAGAUCCAGUACAAGAGCUUGGAAGUAUUUGUUUACCAGAAAUACUUCGAGCCGGGGCGUCUAUUGACCUUAUCUUUUAACGUGAAUCAUAAUUUGGAGUGCAUGAGAGAGUGAAAAGGACAACGUAGCUCUCUCGUGGUCCAUUUAUUAGCAAGUAUAUUGCACAACACAGCAGCCACACAGCCAAUGUUGUAAUAGCGGUAAGCAGUUAGCAGGUCAUUGUACGGUACAGCAAAUGUAACGCGCAUGACUUUCACACCCGUAGCUGAGUCGCAACAUUUUAAAGCGCAUGCAGAGGCAGAUAAAGCUGCUGGAUUUUGACCACUUUUGAUACUUCAACCAGUAUUCCCCACAAGACUGCAAUCUAUUUGUGGUGGCGGGCCAUAACGAUGUCGACGUGUAAUUUGCAUAAUUGGCCAUGACACGUUUGCAUGUCAACACAUCGCGCUUCAAAUUUUGCGGCUUCACUAUCACGUUUUGUUUUUUUUUUUUCAAAAAUAUAUUAACCAAUAAAUCAUCGCUCUUUUGUGGUUGACUACGGCCUAUUAUUAGUAAAAAAUCAAAUAUGAAUGUAAGUAACUUGUAUAUAUUUUUGGCCUAAAUUAAGCAUUUUCAAGCAUAAAAAUGACUAAAUGAGCUAAAAUACAAAUAUAUAUAUUGGGUGUUAUGACUGUAAAGAUGACAAUGGGGGCUCUAUCCAUCCAUCCAUUUUCUAUGAGACUUAUCCUCACUAGGGUCACGGGGGUAUGCUGGAGCCUAUCCCAGCCGACUUCGCGCGAGAGGCGGGGUACACCCUGGACUGGCCGCCAGCCAAUCGCAGGGCACAUGUAGACAAACAACCAUUCACACUCACAUUCAUACCUAUGGACAAUUUAGAGUCUCCAAUGAACCUAACAUGCAUGUUUUUGGAAUGUGGGAGGAAGCUGGGAUACCCGAAAGAAAGCCACGCACGGGGAGAACAUGCAAACUCCACACAGAGAUGUCCAGCGGAGAUUUGAACCCAGAGCUUUCAGGUCUCCUGACUGUGUGGCCAACAUGCUAACCACUAGACCCAAGAGGCAGCCCGCCACAAAUUUGGACCGCCACAAAUCAAUUGCAGCUACUGUCGUCUUCUGGAGUUUGUUUCCAAAAAGGUUGCCUACAGCCACAGCUGUUAAUGCUGAUGUGUUUUGACCCGUCGCUAAUUGGAGACCCUUGCGGUUAUUGGCUUUUGCAGACCACAUACCAGGCUGUAAAUGAAUAGAGGCAUUCAUUGGGGCAUUUGUGAGCUGGGAUAGGCUCCAGCUCCCCACCAUCAUUAGUAGGAUAAGAGGUCUAGAAAAUGGAUGGAUUUGUUUAUAUUAAACCUUCUCUUAUUACAUAAAUGAUUGAAUUUGAUAAAUGAGUAAGUUUAUUUUGUUAAAUAUAAUUUUAAAAAAUGAGUGUAUUUAUUUUAUUCCAUUUUUUUUACAUUUAAUUGUAUUCAUUUCAUUAAAUAUAUUCCCAGUUUUCGUAUUGUGGCUGUACAGUACUGUAGUGCAGAAGUGCACUGCAUCAUACUAAUGUGUAGCUGUCUAAGGUACGGUGCUACAGCUCUUGUAUUGGAUCCCUGCUUUGGAUGACAAGGUGUAUUCAUCAAGUAGCAAUCACACUUUUGUUUGUUGAUUUUAAAUCAUGGACUGUUUUAGAGACGUGUCAUUAUUACAGGACACUCGAUGCUUAGUAAUGACAACACUAGUGGACGUUUUGGACCGCAGGUUCACACCGACACCUGACCAACUUCCCACGCGGUCCAAAUGUGUCUGAGUGAAACACUCAACGCCAGAGGAAGGACAUUUCCCAGGAUUGUUGGGUUAUUUGGGGUCAUUAUACGCUUGUGGACAAAAAUCUUGGGACACACCUUCGAAUUGUUGAGUGACUCAAUAUGGGGUUGAACUAGACCCUGCUAGAUCCCACCACAAUCUUCAUUGAUCUGCUUGGCGAGUUGUGGGAACACUGUAGGGAAGGCACUGUUAUUGCCAGCGCACAAGGCCAGCACCGCAAAGGCAUGCUUGGAGGAGUUAGGUGUGGAAGGACAAGCCCCAGUCACCAUAAAUGUCACAAAGGGGAAAAAAAGUCCCCAACGGCACUCUCGACGUCUUGCAAAAAGUCGUCCUGGAAUAGUGGAAGCUGAACAACCUGCAAAAGACGGGGAACCAUCACAUUUUUUUUUUACUUCCUGGAUGUGUCCCAAUACUUUUGUUCCACCCAGCGUCCCACCCACCCCCAGCUGAGGGAUGUGUUCAGAGAAAAAGAAAGAAAGUCCGCGGUCUUAACACUGAAACACAGCAGCUGUGUGUAAGCUGUAGUCGGUUUAUUUAUAUAUUACUGUGACGUGACCACACAACAACCAUGGCGCUUCUAAGUGUGUGUGCGCGUGUGUGUGCGCGCGCGCGCGUGUGUAUGUGUCCAACGUGUGUUUUGUCCUAAAUAAGUAUUUAGUGUGUGCGUGUGUGUCAUCUUAAAGCCUUAAAGUGUCUUUUCCCCGGAGACAUUUUGAAGCCGACUAAUUCUAAACUUUUUACAGUGGCCCAAUCACACCUCAUUGCUCAUUGUAAUUAGCACCGCUUCCAUCAAACAAAAGUACUAGACUACAGUAUACAGUACAGAUAUCUACAGUAUAUAUAAGAUGUGAAAUAAGCACUUUGUACCGGCAUCAUUUCUUUUCUUGUUUUUCCUCCCUGCUCCAACAUGAAGCCAAAUAAAAGUAGUACAUCUGCAAGUGGCAAAUUCCCAUUAUAUUACUCUCUUACAUGUCGUUUUUAUGAACAGCUGAAAUAUCACACCCUUGAGGUCCAACAGGGUAGACAAUUGCAAUUUCGAGGGUGGGAACCAUAUUUGGUAACUUAAAUCCAAGUUAGUAGAACCAUGUUAUUUCUCCCAGAUAAUAAACAAGUGUAAUAAUAAUAAUGAAAGAAAAGUAAUUAAAUUUAAAAGAUACUACACCAGUAAGCAUUAUGAAUAUUUUAAAAUUACAUUUUUUAAAUAAUUAAUUAGGAUUUGAGUUGAUAAAAUGGAGGGAAAAAAAUUUAAUAUUUAAAAAUACAUUUACUACAAAAAAAAAAAGAAUUAUCUAUGGUUUUGUCAUGUUUUUCAAACAAAGUAUUUCUCUACUUGCUUAAAAGGUGCAUAAAAUCGUCGUCUGGAACUCCAAGUAAAAAAAAAAUUCUUUAAUUUUAAUUAUAAAAGAUAAACUUAGUUCACAUUGCCGUCAUACAAUGUAAGCUUGUACGUCACAGCAUGUCAUAGGUGAAAAUACGCCCUCCAGUGGCUGUCAGCGGAAUAUGAACGACGUCAACGUGACGAGACCGUUCCUCGAGGCAAUGCCAUGAUGUUACUCAUUUUCUUUCAUGAAAAAAUAUCCAAAGCGAUUUGGGCUGAGAGAAUAUGACCAUUGUAUUACUUACGUUCCUUUCCUCAAACAAUAGCGUUGCUGUAAAGUUAUUACUUAAAAAUACAGUCUUUGUGUAUUUUCAGCUGGUUUAAAAAAAAAAGAACCUUGCUAUCCCAGUGGCCUCGAAUGCGCCACAAGUCAGGCGAAGCUAAACUAAAAAAAAUAAAAAUAAAAAAAACUUCAAGGGUAAAAGGCAUUGCUGUACUUCCCGUUGAGGUGUGGAAAUGUUUUACCGCUUUGUCACGGAGAGCCUUUUAUUUCACAGUUUAAACAGUCAAGGUGGAGAUGUUAGAGUAGCAAAAAAAUAUAUUUAAGCCACAUUUUGUGAUGAUUACACAAAAGCACACAUUUCCACUUUAUUCUGACAGCUUUUUUGUGCUGAGGAUGACUCAAUACAAAAGCAAGGAGAACAUUCUUGUUAUAAUGUGAAGUUUGUCAGCACUAUUCAAUUUCAUUUUAAAAAAAAAACAUUCAAGCAGUUAUUUGAGGGGCAAAAGAGUCAUCUGGUAUUUUGGAAAAAAAGGCAACAAUAAAUAAGUGCAACCAAAUGUUGAAGACAGCUUCUGAGGUGAUGACCGUUUGUGCCGAAAGACUUCUGUCUUGAGGAAAUCUUUCAAGGUUUGGGAACCAGCACAAAAAGAGGAAAAAAGAAAAAAAAAAAAAAACUCAACAUGUGGACUGAAAAAUGGAGGAAAACUGAGUCUCUCUCCCCCCCACAUCCGUGCGAGUAGAUGACAGGAUCAUGUGAUGCACAGACACACCAACAGGCACAGCAUCCAUUACUGUGGACCACCAGGCCAUGCAGGGCUCUCUGGCUUCAAACCACACACUCAAAAAAAAAAAAAAAAAGGGGAUUUUGGAGUGAAAUUAACAGGUUUUUUGUACAUGGAUCCUAAAACAAAACAAGUCUCAGCAGGUCAGUUGUCCAUCUUGAAGGUCCAGCUCGGUGCAGCAAUGAUGAGGACCAAUCUAGAUGUUCAGUUCUUCACGCCACACAACCACUUAGUGUCUUUUCCCACUUCCCAGCCAGCGUGUUCGUCUUCCCUGUCGUCAACCAUCAUCAUCAGUUGCUGUUGCAGCACACGUAGAAGUACGAGUCUUUCUUUUGGCCCAAGUCGACGCCCGUUUCUUCUGCUGAAACACAGUGGAUUAGUACAUACAUGAAAAAUAGUAUAUUAUAUAUAUAUAUAUAUAAUUAUUAUUAUUAGAUAGAUAUUUUACUGAUCUAAGAGAAAGUAAAGUUUCGAGCAGCGCUCCAAAAAUCAUAAGUCAUAAUAAAAAAAUCAAGGCAAGAGAAGUUAAAUUAGGAGAACACAAAUGAAGUUCAAACAUGGGAAAAUGUUGCAUAACAUCAAUAACAAUAAGUAUAGCUGUAAUAUUACAUUUACAUGGGUACAUAUUAAUGUAGUGUGUGUGUGUGUACGUACGUAUACAGUAGACUCACCUGUCAUGUACUGAAAUGCGGCGUUGUUGUAGUCCUCAGCCACUUUUUGGAACAAGUCAUCUGGCAAGCAGAGGCAGCGAUAAAGUCUUUAGCUUAAUUUCAUGUUUAAAUUCCAAAAGAGACAGUUUUGCAUUAUAUUUGCUGUUGGUGUGAUGUGAAGGCUUUGUAAUUGUUAAAGUAACUACCAUAAAUACUCAAUUUACACCAAAGAGUAAAUUGGCAAUGUAAAAGUCAUAAGACAACCAAUGCAGUAGCAUUUAUAGCAUUGAUGAGUUCAACGUAAACAGUACAGUCGUACAGUACAGUACAGUACAGUCGUAGCUCGCUACAUCGCGGUUCGAAUCUCACUCACAAUUUUUCAAAAAUAUAUUAAGAAAUCAUGUUGUUUCAUGGUUUAAUACGGCUUAUUGGUCCAAAAGUAUGCAUACAUUUGCCUAUUUCAGCAUUUUCAAGCAUAAAACUGGCUUAAUGAACUAAAAUACAAAUAUAAAGGCAUUAAGAAGACGCAUUCAAAUUGUAAUAUGUAGUAUUCUACACUGGGUGUCAGUAAUGUUAUUGUAAUGUUCGGUGAGGCACGUCGGCAAAACAGGUUUUUAUUGCAGGUUUGAAUUCUCUCACAACAGGCGCAACAAUAACAUAAUAACAACACGGGCUACUGUUGCGGCAGUAAUCUACUCAAGUCUGAACCUCCAAUGUCACUUCUUGAACACAUCCGGAACACAUUUAUUGCCAAGCACACGAACACAAGUCUUAUUUAUGCCUUAAAUGGCUUAUUUACUCUUAUUAUGUUUACUAUAUUGGGUAAUAUGAGUGUUAAGGUGACUAUAGGGGUGUUAGUUCAUGUCUAGCAGGCUCUAAUAACGUGAAAACCCGUAUUUAGAAGGUUGUAAACAGGUUCUCUUUGCCGUAACUCCAAAAAUAUUUGAUUUAUAAAGAAGGAAUCCUACUUUGCGGAAAUUCACAUAUCACUGUCAGGUCUGGAAGCAAUCAACCGCGACAAAUGAGGGAUUACAGUACAGCAAAUGUGACAUGCAUGACUUUCACACCAACAUGCAGAGGCAGACAAAGCUGCUGGAUGCUGACCAUUCAUGACACUUCAAAUACAGCUACUGCCAUCUUGUGGAGUCCAUUAAAAAAACAUUAGGUGGUUGCCUACAGCCACAUGACAAUUUAUUGGACCCAAUAUUGGAAAUGUGGCAGGCAGACUGAGAAUAGCGUGAUAUGAGCAAGCGAACCUGCAGACCAUUCAUAGCGUGACUCACCAACAUUGUUUCCUGUUUUGCUGGAGGUCUCAAAAUGCUGCGCGCCAAUCUCUAAGAGCAGAACAGUGAGUCAGUCACAAUGAGGAAAGAGCUCACGUUUGGGACAAGAACUGAAGUACCGCUAAUAUCACGGUUGUUCCUCAUUUGGGUCAGACACAUUAUUCAACAUUAAUCACAGCCAUGCAUUUCCCUCUUCUAUUGGACUUGAUCUUUCCGUUCAUUUGUCAUGUGAGAGAGCUAGACCGGUGUCACCUUCAGCAAAGUCCUGUGCGUCGUGGUAGUCGAUCUGACGCAGACUCCGGUCUGCUUGAACCAGGUCGUUCUUGGUGCCGCACAGGUAGAUCUUACAGUGCUGGACGGCGUUUUUGGGGUUGUUUUCCAUGUUAAAGAAUACAAAUGUCAGAACCACAACGCUGACGCCGCAUGGAUAAAUUCUCAUACCUCCUCGCAGUUCUGCAGCUCUUUCACCCAGAAACGCGCACGCUGGAAGCUGCUGCUGUCCGUCAGGUCUACAAAUCCAGAAGCAUAGAUUAGACAUAGUCGAGAAAUCUUCCCGUUUCUCCUUGAGCACUGAGGCUUCGGGUAAUGUUUCAUACAUCCACAUUCACCAACAAUUAACCCCUCCAACAUCACUCGCACUGUGAUUAUGAAUCCGUUUAAAUUGUAGGUGAAAUUGACUGCAAAUGUGAGUGAUAUUGUAACUCUAUCACACACACACACCGUACAAGUCUUAUCUUGUAGAUGUGUAUUUGUAUUUAUAUGGGAUGUGUAUUUUAUAUAAAGUAUGUGUAAAUGAUUUAAUAAACAAUCUAAUGAUUGCAACACCAUCUAAUAUAUAUCUACAAUGAAUUCAAUGAAUGAUGACAAAUGUUUAAAUAAUGACAGUGGGUGUGGAUGAAUGUGAUGAUAAUGUUUAGUGGGCAGGGGAAUAAUUAUUGCUUUCCAUUUAUGGUGACUACCGCUUGCGAUAAGGGAUGAGAUUAAAUAGAUUCUGGACUUUAGCCUGGUCUGGAGAAGGCUAAUGCCACAGAAUAUAUCUCCAUGGGAAUUUAUGUCAGAACAUAUUCCACUUUCCACUAUCCCACUUUUGUGCAACCAGAUCACGGGUAAAUUGAGCCAGGAUAACCAACAUAUCCCGGCUUAAUCCCUAAUCCUAGUUUUGUGCAGUGGGCCCCAGGAGUGACGUCAGCCGUGUGGCAGUAAAAAGACGUUGCAGCUCAUUGCAAAACUUGUCGUGCACAAGUUUCCCAUGGUGGCACAAAAGUUUAAUAAGACGAACCUCAUCGCGCAUAUGCAGCGCCAUCACGCGGGAAACUCCCACGGGACGGCAAAAGUCAUCAUCUAGAAGAGAAAAGAGCCCGUCGCUGUCAAUGGAAAGUAAUGUUGGGUUUAAAACGCUUCACUGAGUGAACCUGUCACUACAUCGUGGAUAAAACGAUACCCAACAUCCAUGUUGUGAACUCGAAUAAUAUUUACCAUUUAAAAAAAAUGUUGGCAGUCCUUCAGAGUCUGGACGAGGAUGGGCAAGUGACGUUGACACCAGACGACAGUCCUACCCGUAACCUUUCCUUCACUCUAAUGCUUUCUUAACUGUAAUGGUCCAGUUCUCAGUGAAUUGCUGUUUGUUAUAUAUUUUAUUAUAUUAAAUUAUUAUUAUUUUAUUACAUUUAUUGUUCACAUUCACUAUUCGCCUCGUCAGAUCAGCAAACUUUGUGGGACAAUCGUUACUGCCCCACAAAUGGACAUAAAAAGUAAAAAACCCACAAGACGUUCGACCGUGGAAAGCAUGCUAAGGUGGCAGUAAGUUAGUUCACAUUUCUCCUGCUAAUAUCUCCAGGUUAGUGCUCAUGGUGACUAAUAUCUCCAGCCUAGUGCCCAUGGUGGCUAAUAUCUCCAGCCUAGUGCUAAUGGUGGCUAAUAUCUCCAGCCUAGUGCUCAUGGUGGCUAAUAUC